CAUUGCAAGAUGGCGACACGUGAGGGAAAACAACUGUCAACAUACCUGUUCUUGGUUUACGUAACUUUUAUGUCCUCGUAUUUUGUUCUACAUGUCCACGGUGCCAAUGAAUGUGUGCAGAAGUCAUUUCCUGGAGAGUCUUUUGUGUGUGUCUGUAAUUCUACCUACUGCGAUGACAUUGAACCCAACACCAGGGUAGAACUUCCCAACUUUAACCUGUACAGAUCUACUAAGGCAAAGGAAAGGUUCAUUAAAAAAAUCCUGAAAUUCACGCAGACAGUGCCUCAAGCAAAAAACGUCUGGGUGGUCCACAAGAAUGUGACGUACCAGAAGAUGAAGGGAUUUGGUGGUGCCUUCACUGAUGCUGCCACUAUCAACAUCAUGAGCCUGUCCAAACUCACUCAAGACAGGCUUAUUGCUGCUUACUUCAGUCCCAAAGAAGGAAUUGAGUACACGUUAGGAAGAGUUCCCAUGGCAGGGUGUGACUUCUCCACCAGGGAGUACACCUACGCAGACUCCCCUCAGGACUUCAGCAUGGACAAGUUUGCUCUGGCUGAGGAAGACCUCAAGUACAAGAUUCCAGUCAUCCAGCGUGCUCUCUCCAUGAGUUCCAGGAAUGUGUCCUUAUUUGGCAGUGCGUGGAGUGCGCCUGCUUGGAUGAAAACCGACCACAGCCUGACCGGGAAGGGCACUCUGAUUGGCCAGGCUGGUGACAAGUACCACAAGGCUUGGGCACUGUACUUUGCAAAAUUUCUGGAGGAGUACAAGAAGCAAGGUUUGGAGUUCUGGGGUCUGACAGCUCAGAAUGAACCGGCAGACGGCAUGAUCACAGACUUCUCCUUCAACUGUAUGGGCUGGACUGCAGAAAGCCAGCGUGACUGGGUGGCAGCAGACCUGGGUCCAACGUUAGAGGAGAGGGGACAUGGUGACGUCAGCCUCAUGAUGCUGGAUGAUAACAGGAUCUGGCUACCUGCCUGGGCUGAUACUGUACUGCAGAAUGCCACAGCUGCCCGGUAUGUGAAGGGUAUCGGUGUUCACUGGUACAUGAACUCAGUGGUCCCACCGCUGACCCUCAGCGCGACCCAUGAGCGUCACCCUGACUACUUCAUCCUGGCCACGGAGGCCUGCAGCGGGUCCUUCCCCUGGAACCAACACGUGGUGCUGGGCAGCUGGGGCAGGGGAGAGGACUACUCACACGACAUCAUUCAGAACCUGCAGAACUGGGUUGUCGGCUGGGUGGACUGGAAUUUGGCCUUAAAUGGCACUGGUGGGCCAAACUGGGCCAACAACUUUGUGGAUGCUCCCAUCAUUGUAGACUCUAGAAAAGAUGAAUUCUAUAAGCAGCCCAUGUACUAUCAUAUGGGACACUUCAGCAAAUUCAUCCCAGAGGGUUCUGUUAGAAUUGAAGCUAAACCAGAGUCGUCCAGCCCAGGAAACCUGGAUGUUGUUGCGUUCCUGACACCAGAGAAAAGUGUAGUGGCUGUCAUAUUCAACAGGUCUGACCGAGACAUUGAAGUCUCCCUGCAUGACCCAGAUGUGGGCUUCAUGGAUCUGACUUCACCCAGUCAUUCCAUCAUGACUGCCGUCUGGUGGCCUGCGUACAGCAUGAUGGCGGGGAGGGGGCGUGUCCUUGUACUGUGUGCUGUGGCGGCGUUAUGCCUUGUUCAGCACGCACAGCCAGUAACUGGAGACAGAAAGCCGUGCGUGGCCAAAGAUUUCCAGCAUGGGGGUUUCGUGUGCGUGUGUAACGCCACCUACUGCGACAACAUGGAGCCCAACACAAAACUACCCAAGGGCCAGGCCGCCAUGUACAUGACCACUCCAGGAGGAAAGAGGUUCGAAAAAAUCGUCAUCAACAUGACUGCCAAGUCUAACGACACCCGAGACCCGAACUUCAACGUUUGGACCGUUAAGAAGAACGUUACGUACCAGAAGAUCCGGGGAUUCGGCGGUGCCUUCACUGAUGCCGCGACUAUGAACAUCAUGAGUCUGUCUGAGGGAGCACGGAAGAACCUCAUCUCCGCUUACUUCAGCCCGACUGAAGGUAUCGAGUACACCCUGGGCAGGGUGCCGAUGGGAAGCUGUGAUUUCUCCACCAGGCCGUACACGUAUGAUGACACACCAGAGGAUUUGGAACUCGCCAAGUUUGCUCUGGCUGAAGAGGAUAUGAAGUACAAGAUUCCCGUCAUCAAAAGCGCCAUGCAGAUGAGUGAGCGGAAGAUCAACCUGUUCGGGAGCCCAUGGACAGCUCCUGCCUGGAUGAAGACCAGCAACAACGAAACAGGAAAAGGGACUCUGAAGGGGAAGGCUGGAAACCCGUACCACAAGGCUUGGGCUAACUACUUUGUCAAGUUUCUUGACGAGUACAAGAAGCAGGGUGUGGAUUUUUGGGGUCUGACGACACAGAACGAACCGACGGAUGGAGAAAUCUCUCACUUUCCGUUCCAGGCCAUGGGGUGGACAGCAGAGUCGCAGCGAGACUGGAUCGCCAGUGACCUUGGCCCUGCCCUUGACCAGGCUGGCUACAGUAACAUCAGCCUCAUGAUCCUGGAUGACAACCGACUCUGGUUACCAGGCUGGGCUACGACGGUGCUGAACAAUGGCACGGCAGCAAAGUACGUGGACGGUAUAGCUGUCCACUGGUACAUGGACCAGCUGGUUCCUGCGAACGUGCUGUCCUUCACUCAUGACGACCUGCCGGACUACUUCGUGCUGUCCACCGAGGCGUGUCAGGGCUUCUGGCCGUGGGACGACAAGGUUCUCCUGGGCAACUGGAACCGGGCGGUGGAGUACAGCACAGACAUUCGUCAGAACUUGAAACACUGGGUGGUCGGCUGGACAGACUGGAACCUGGCCUUGAACAUGAGCGGGGGACCCAACUGGGUUCACAAUGAGGUGGACGCCGCCAUCAUUGUAGACAGCAAGAAGGACGAGUUCUACAAACAACCGAUGUACUACAUCAUGGGGCACUUCAGUAAGUUCAUCCCAGAAGGCUCUGUUCGUGUGGAGAUAGACGGCCCAUACGAGGAUGAGGACCAAUGGAUGAUGGCUUUCAGCGUGCCAGAUGGGUCCAUGGUAGUCGUUAUGUACGGUGAGUUUUAUGAAGCUCACAUCCACGACCCCGACGUUGGCUUCAUCAACUUCCAACAGUUUGAGGAAGGCAUCACCACGGCGCAAUGGUGGCCGUGAAGACAUUCGAACAGUCUGAGGUAGCCAACAGAGUGACAAAAUUAUCAGGUUGACAGGGAGUGGGGGUGGCACGAGGUAGCUAGUCUCCACCACUCUCCUUUGCAGGCUGAAUAAAUGGUAGAAAUCGGCCUAGAAUAAAGUAGCUUGCCAAGGGACAGGCCAUAGAGGGUCCAGUUUUCUAUGUUCCCUUGACCGAUUUCUACUAUCUAUCUAUCCUGCAAAGGAGUCUGAUUGAGACUUCGAGCUAGCACACCAGAGAAGCGUGACCUAUAAAUCAUGUUGAUGAUGGAAUGGAAAUAUAGGUACAGUGAAAACUAACUCCUCCAUGCAGACUCCAUCGACAAAGUUGGGAGGAGCCAAUCUGUUUGAAAUAAAGCAUUGUAAUGAACAUAAAAAUGCAUUCAAGUUCAAUAAAGUAAUUGCG